CGACUACCAAUUGAUCGAAUCUUCCUAUCAACAACUCAACACUUCCGGGCUGUAAUUUUAUCAAAAUUUCAGUUGACCAUGUCCGGCAAUUGGUUCAAAUGGACUGCUCUUCACGGGCGGCCAAGAACUGUCGGCAUAAACACUAAUGGAAGAAUUCUACGGCUUUUCGACGAUGCCAUAGUUCGAUUUCGGCAGCCGUUCUACGAAUCUUGGCGGCGUCGUAGACGCCCUGAAGACUAUGAAAAGAGAGAAAUCCCAGUGCGACAGCAAGUUCCAAGGAUACGGCACAAUCGUAUUCCAGGGACGAAGGAAAAUCCUUGUCGCAAAGUGCCCAGUCUUCUGCCUAGGAAGGGUGAAGUGCUUGUUCCCACUCGCAUUCAGCCGCCACGGAAUUCAAUGGGUUUCUCAGCUAUAAGAUUCUAUGGAAGCUCCACUAAUGAAGGGGGUUCUGGUGAACCACCGGAAAAUCGCGAGGGAAAGCUCAUUAAGUUUACAGUGGGUUCUCGUGCAGCCAAACCGAAAACGGGCCAGAUUGAAAUAUCAAAAAAAGGACCAUUAGGUUUUGAGACAACUAAGCUACCAGUUCAAGAAUCAUCACCGCAGUCAGAUUACUUAUCAGGAUUUUCGAAAGAGAGUCCAGACAAGGAUACAACUUCAGACACCAGCACCAGCACAACACAAUCUUUAGAUCGAUCGGGAAAUGACGGUAAUGAGGAACAAAUUAUAGAUGAUAUACCUAGAUCGUUCUCAGAAUACAUCAACUCAACCGCACAUUGGGAUUCAGACUCCAAAAAUCCUUCAGGAAUUCAGUCCCAACAACCCGAAAGAAGCCAUAGUGCUGGGAAUCCCCCAUCUGGAGGGAAACCACCCACCAAACCUCCUACAGGACCCAGUGGUCCGUCAGGACCCAACAAUCCUUCAAGACCACCAUCAAGAAAGGAUAAAAAUCCAUUUAGCGGAAUGGGAACCGAACCGCCUAAGAAGCCACCUUUGGGAAGUAAGCCUCCUAGUAAAGUACCACCAAGAAGUACGUCUCCCAAAAAACCACCAACAGGCAGUACACCGCCCCAAAAACCAACAAAAUCUAGUAAGCCCCCCAGUAAACCACCAGCAGGACCAGGGAUGAAGUCAGCCAGUAAGCCACCCACAGCAAGUAAGCCCCCUGUUAAAUCUCCAGCAGGACCAAAAGGAGGAGCUGGAGGUAAGUCUGGGAAGGGUGCAGGUGAACCGAGGGUCAUAACCCUAAUGCCUGGCGAUGGAAUUGGGCCAGAGAUAUCGAUGGCGGUGAUAAAAAUCCUUGAGGCCGCAAAAACUCCUCUAAUCUUUGAGCCUGUUGACGUGACCCCAGUGUUGAAUAGCCAGGGUAUGACAUCGGUGCCCGAGCAGGUGAUCGAGAGUAUGAACCGAACGAAAGUUGGUCUCAAAGGACCACUGAUGACACCCGUGGGCACUGGCUUCCGCUCCCUCAAUCUAACCCUGCGCCAGCUAUUCAACCUAUACGCCAACAUUCGACCGUGCAGAUCCCUGCCAGGUGUGGAAACCGUUUACGGCGAUGUGGACAUAGUGACCAUUCGCGAGAACACCGAGGGUGAGUACUCGGGCAUUGAGCACACCCUGGUUAACGGUGUGGUGCAGAGCAUCAAGCUGAUAACUCGGAAUGCCUCACUCCGGGUGGCCGAGUACACCUUCCAGUACGCCCUGGCUAUGAAGCGGAAAAAGGUGACGGCCGUGGCUGAAUCUCAGGUUAUGAGGAUGUCGGACGGCCUAUUUCUGCGGUGUGUCCGCGAAAUGGCGGCAAAGUAUAAGAGCAAAAUGGACCAGGCGGGCAUUAAAUAUGAGGAGUCCACCAUGACUACCGUCUGUCUGAAUAUCGUCCAGGAUCCCAAGCGAUAUGAUAUGCUGGUGCUGCCCAAUCUCUACGGGGAUAUCAUUUCAGACACCUGCGCCGGAUUGAUUGGAGGAUUGGGUCUGACGCCGUCGGGAAAUGUGGGCACCAAUGGCGCCAUUUUCGAGUCGGUUCACGGAACUGCGCCGGAUAUUGCUGGCAAGGAUUUGGCCAACCCAACCGCUUUGCUGCUCUCCUCCGUGAUGAUGCUGCACUAUAUCGGAUUGCAUGAACAUGCGGAAAAGAUUGAGAAAGCAGUGCUGAAGACCAUUAGGGAUGAUAAUAUCCGAACCAUGGAUCUGGGCGGCAAGGCGAAAUGCUCCGAGUACACCGAUGCCUUGAUCAAAAACCUCAAGUGAUCCACUUCUAGAAACAGCAAUGCUUUUUUAUCUUCUAACUCAAUGUAAAACUUCAUUAAAGUUGAAUAGGUCCUUGUA